GUCCGGAUGGAUCAAGUCGACACGGAUCAAGGAGAAGAAGGGAGGGAGAAAGUGAAGAGUGGUGGCCAAGAUCGAGACGAUUCGCCUUUUUCCACUUGGCCGGGCGGCGUGCCGAAGACCUCUCGGCGCACGCCAGCCAGCAGAUCAGCGCCAUCGAAGCUGGCAAUUAGCCGUAGCAAGUCACUUCCAGAGAAGCCUUGUCCGACGAUGUCUAAGCCUGACAAGGAGAAGCGUGCCGGUGCUCCAGGUGAAGUCGCAGAGCCCGGACUUGACAAAGCCAACCAGGUGACUGCAGAGAAGUCCUCUGAGAAGACCGAGAAGACGGCUGCCGACCGGGCCCUGUCGCGCAAAGCCACCAAAGUCGGUGGCACGCCGGGAAAUCUUCCAAAGUCCACGGCGGCCGCUGCAGCAGGUGCCGGCUUGGUAGCCGCAAAAGUGCGGAAGAAGAGCGGCCCCAAAAAGAUGGUCCUUCCUUUCUCCUACGGCGUUGAUGAUCCUCGCUACUGGCACGUGGAGAGCACCGAAGGCCGGCUCUGCCCGGCUUUCUUGCCGGAGAACCGGGCUUGA